GGGUGUUAAUGGAUUAUCGAAAGGUGUCGACUCAGGUGUGAGUGUAUGAGGGGUUGAUACAGAGUCCUUGGAUCUGGCUCAGACAACGGACUCGAGGUCUCUUGUCUUUCAUGCUCCCUGUGAUCUGUCUCCUGUUUUCUCACCUCUGCUUCCCACCUCGAUCAUCCUCGACCAAUGAGAAUUUUGCAUUAAGGAUUUACCUUUUGCUCUUUUUGUCUUUUUUUGCAAUGUCCCCUCUUUGCGUUGCCUAACAGUCGCACACCUUCGACAUGGAUAUAGGAGGUCUGACCACGGUGGUAGCAAACUCUGCUUACAUCAACGCCCGGGGGAGCAUCGAUGGGUCUAAUCCAGCAGCGGCUCGAGAUAAGAAGUACCAUUCUCGCCUCAAACUGCCCCACAUCACCGUGUGCGAGGGCCUGGCAGAGACCCUGGAUUUGACCUUUGAGUCGGUCUGCGUGGAUCAACCCAUCGGCAAACGCCUCUUUAGAGAAUUCUUAGACGCCAAUAAAGAGUACAAUGGAGCUAGUCGCUUAUGGAGAGACAUCGAAGACUACGACAUGGCCGAGGAUUCUGAGCGGGCGAAGAAGGCCUCGAAGAUCAUCCAGCGGUACAUGGACGCCGCCGCCAAACACUACUGCCCCUUCCUGUCCGAGGACAUUGUAGCUAAGGUGAAGGGAGGCCAGGAGACCGUAGGGGACGAUUUGUUCGCCGCAGCAUUAGCCACCACUUUGGAUUUUCUACGAGAAGCCCCCUACACUUUCUUCCUGGAGAGCAUGUAUGUGAAGAGGUUCCUGCAGUGGAAGUGGCUGGAGAUGCAGCCAAUGGACGCGGACUGGUUCCAGGACUUCCGUGUGCUGGGGAAAGGUGGGUUCGGGGAGGUUUCUGCCUGUCAGAUGAAAGCCACGGGGAAACUGUACGCGUGUAAGAAACUCAACAAGAAGAGGCUGAAGAAGAGGAAAGGCUAUGAGGGGGCGAUGGUGGAGAAGAGGAUUCUUGAGAAGGUUCACAGUCGCUUCAUUGUGUCAUUGGCCUACGCCUUCCAGACAAAAGAUGAACUUUGUCUGGUCAUGACCAUCAUGAAUGGAGGAGACCUCAAGUACCACAUCUACCUGGUGGAUGAGAACAACCCUGGGUUUGAGGAGCCCAGAGCGUGUUUCUACAUUGCUCAGAUCAUCCAAGGCAUGGAGCACCUCCACCAGAAAAGAAUCGUCUACCGAGAUCUCAAACCAGAAAAUGUGCUGCUGGAUAAUGAUGGGAAUGUGCGUAUAUCUGACCUGGGUCUUGCUGUGGAGCUAAAAGAAGGCAAAACCUUGACUAAAGGAUACGCCGGGACACCAGGGUACAUGGCUCCAGAGAUGCUCAAAGGAGAGAAAUACGACUCCUCGGUCGAUUACUUCACUCUCGGAGUGACGCUGUUUGAGUUCAUGGCUGCUAAGAACCCGUUUAGAAACAGAGGGGAGAAGGUUGAACGUGAGGAGAUGAAAGAACGUAUGCUGACGCGGGAGGUGAGCUACGCGGACACUUUCAGCGAGCACGCCAAGUCUCUCUGUGAGGGGCUGAUGGCCAGAGAGGUCGAUAAGAGGAUGGGCUUUAAGAACGGAAGCUGCGAUGACAUCAGAGCUCACCCGUUUUUUAAGGACAUCAACUGGAGGAAACUGAACGCAGGUAUUCUCCCUCCUCCUUUUGUCCCCGACCCGAAAGUGGUGUACGCUAAAAGUCUGGAUGACGUCGGGGCUUUCUCCUCGGUGAAGGGAGUUACCGUGGAGGACACCGACAAGACCUUUUUUGACGAGUUCUCCUCAGGAAACAUCCCCAUCCCCUGGCAGGAGGAGAUGAUCGAUAUGGGAAUUUAUGGAGAGCUAAACAUUUGGGGUCCCGAAGGAACGAUCCCCAACGACCUCCGCAGGGAGUCUAUUCUAGAGCAGCCAAAGUCAUCGACCUGCUGCUUAUCAUAAUAUCAUACUCAUAAAAAACCAACUCUUGAAUAAAUCACAUAUACAGUCUGCAAACUUGUAGUUCUUUAGAAGACGCAGCAUGAAGAGUCAAACACUCAGGACAGUCUCUUCUGAACUUUUGGAUAGCAGAGUCAGUUUGAGACUCCAAACUUUUGAUAAUUGAGCGCAGGAAACAGUAAGACCAGACAGGAGCUGGAUUUUCAAGAAUGGACCUAAUAAUUUAGUGGUAAUGAAAAAAAGUGAUAUCCUGAAUCCCCUUCCUCCCUCACGU